AUGGCUGAAGAGAAGAGUGUGGAGAUUCCAAAAGUCAAGCUUGGAACUCAAGGUCUUGAGGUUUCAAAGUUGGGGUUCGGAUGUGCGAGCCUUAGUGGAGCUUACAAUGAUCCUCUUCCUGAUGAGGAGGCCAUAGCUGUUGUUAAGCAUGCAUUCAGCAAAGGAAUCACUUUUCUUGACACUGCUGAUGUUUAUGGGGUCGAUCAUGCUAACGAAAUUUUGCUCGGAAAAUGGACUCACAUAAGGAGUGUUUCAUCAUGUGAUUCUGUUGAACAGGCUUUAAAGCAGCUGCCUAGAGAAAAAGUUCAGGUAGCAACGAAAUUUGGCAUUGCAAAGAUCGCUUUUCCUGAUGUACAAGUCAAAGGUUCACCUGAUUAUGUGCGGUCGUGUUGUGAAGCUAGCUUGAAACGUCUUGGAGUUGAAUACAUUGAUCUCUAUUAUCAGCACAGGGUCGACCAAACAGUGGGUGAACUUAAGAAACUGGUGGAAGAGGGUAAAGUGAAGUAUAUUGGGUUAUCUGAAGCCAGUCCAGAUACAAUAAGGAGAGCACAUGCUGUUCAUCCCAUCACUGCUGUUCAAAUGGAGUGGUCCCUUUGGUCACGUGACAUUGAGGAGGAGAUUAUUCCUCUCUGCAGGGACCUUGGCAUUGGAAUUGUACCAUAUAGCCCUCUUGGUCGAGGUUUCUUAGCCGGCAAAGGAGUUUUGGAAAAUUUGCCUGCAAGUAGUAUCCUGGUUAAACACCAUCCUCGCUUUCAAGCAGAGAGCGUAGAGAAGAACAAGACUAUAUAUGACCAAAUAGAAACCCUUGCUAAGAAACACCACUGUACUCCUUCCCAGUUGGCAUUAUCAUGGCUAAUCCACCAAGGGAACCAUGUUGUUCCUAUUCCUGCAACAACUAAGAUUAAGAACCUGGAUCAAAACAUCGGUGCAUUGCCACUGAAAUUUACAGAGAGUGAGUUGAUAGAAAUUUCGGAGGCAGUUCCCAUAGAUGAUGUAGCAGGGGCUCGACACUUCAAUGGAUCUCAUAAGUUUACUUGGAAAUUUGCCAACACACCUCCAAAGGCCUCAACUUGA